AUGAGUCUUCUAUCAAGAUGGAGCACGGUUGCUUCGUCCACACAAGGCGCCAGGCCUGCGCUUCGCUGUCAUUGGUCUCUCCCCAAUACCACCAUCCGCCAACAGUCCUCCUUCUCCGCCGUAUGGCGCGGCCUUCGCACCGAGCGAUUUGGCCGUCGUGAACCUGGCUCCUCAGGCCGCGGCCGCUCUUCUGGUCCCCGAUCUUCCGACUUGCCGGCAGCGCGUCGACUGUCUCGCCCUCGAGAUGGAGGUGGCCUCAACCGCAAAGUCGACAAGGCCGCCAGCAGCCUGGGCGGUGGCCGCACACACUACAAGCCCAAGAAGGCGUUGCAAAAGAUGAGGGAGAGGGAGGAGAUGGACACAGAGGGCGGUCGCAAGACGCGCAGCAAACGCUUCAACAACCCCGAGUACUCGUUUGGCAAGAAAAGCCUGGUGUAUCAGCUCAACAAGGGCGAUUUCCAGGACAAGAUCUCCAAACUGGUCGACGCGAAACGGACCGGGCCUAGCACGGCGGCCGGCACGUCCGAGAGGAAAGAUGUGCGACGCGAGGAGGAUCCUUGGAAUCGCAUGUCCAGCUCGACCGACGACAGGCAACAAGCCCGCAGGGGCGCCUCGGGCGACCGGCGACCGCGGAAUCCACAGCCUUGGCCGGCCAGAGACGCGGCCAGGUCAGAGGGACCUCGACGGGACGACAGUGCCUUCAGGCGCAUGCGCUCGACCUCUGAUUACACGCCGCGCGAGCGGCGAUCCCCAGCUGCCGGCCGCAGCUUUGGGCACUCGGACGUAACAAAGCAGCGCGCCAGGGACGAACUGCGCGAGGAAGACGAGGGCGCCUUUUCGCACCGGCCGGCGUUCAAGGGACGGACAAACAACUUUGCGGCGACCCUGCCGCAGUCGACGGCCGCCUCACAGUUCCUCUUUGGCCGAUGGCCCGUCACCGCGGCGCUGAAGGAGGCGCGGCGCAAGCUGUACCACCUCUAUGUAUACGCCGGCAGCAACAGGAGGGACGCCAACGAUCCCGUUCGCACGCUCGCCCAGAAGCACGGCGUCCGCAUCACCGUCGUGCCCGAGUCGGAGCAGCACAUCAUGGACAAUAUGAGCAAGGGCCGGCCGCACAACGGCCUCGUCCUUGAGGUCUCGCCUCUGCCGCAGCUCCCGCUUGUCAGUCUGGGCCCCGUCACGGAGGACGGCUACACGGUCGAGAUUGCGCACCAGAUGAAGGAAGAUGCAGAGAUCAACGGCACCGAGCCCUUCCAGGCCUGGAACUCCCGGGCCGGGCACAAGCCCUUCGUGCUCCUGCUGCACGAGGUCAUGGACCCGGGCAACCUCGGCGCCAUGCUGCGGACGGCGCGGUUCCUCGGCGCCGCAGCCGUCGUCAUCACCAAGCAGACGUCGUCGCCCAUCACGCCGACAGUCGUCAAGGCGGCGGCCGGUGCCGCCGAGGAGCUGGCCAUCUUCUCCGUCGCCGACCCCGUCGCGUUCCUCGAGGGGUCGCAGAAGGCUGGCUGGGAGUCGUACGUGGCCGUCGCACCGGCGUCGGGCAGCAGCAACAGCGCCAGGCAGCAGGUGACGGCCGACGAGCUCGCCGAGGAGGAUCCCCUGCGGGAGAAGCCGUGCAUCCUGGUCCUCGGCAACGAGGGCGAGGGCCUCUCGCGGAAGAUCAUGUCGAGGGCGAGCCGCCAGGUGACCAUCCAGCGGCAGCCGGCGGGACGCAGCUCCGUCGACAGCCUGAACGUCAGCGUGGCGGCGGCGCUGCUCUGUGACGCCUUCACAAAAGGUGCGCGGGCUGUGCCGAGGAGCUUCCAGCAGAAGCUCAAGCUGGACGAGAAGAGGGCGCGCGGCGGGGAGUCUCUUUUCUGA